AUGACUUUGCAUGCCCGUGUUGGUGUUGGAGGUGUAAACAGCGUUGUUACGAAUUGUGCUGUCGGCAGCAUCGCCAGCUCAGGCUCUUUGGCACCUGGAGGGGGGGGAAACAGAAAGUCAAAUGUUGUUAAAGAGAUAGAACGCAUACAGCAACGCCGCGAAGAACGCCGGGCAGCCCAGCGAGCUAUUCGAGAUCAGCCUGAAUUUGACCCCUCAAAUCCAAACUAUGAAUUCCUCAUGAUGAUCAGGUUUGCUUUUCAAAGUUAUAAUUCGAGCUCUAAUUGA